CUGCUUUGGUACGGUGUUCAAGCAAGAGGCGAUCGGCUUUCAAUAGUGUCGCAGUAAGAAGCGGGGACCACCUCUUGUCCCUGGCUACGUGAUGCGCUUGCACCUGCGGUCACUCGAUAUGCGCGGUUGUACUCAAGUCGGCAUCUUGGAAUGGAGCACUGCAGGUACAGAAUGGACAGCACGAUCAAACGACCGUGUCGACUGUCGUGUCCCGCUGAGUCUAUUUGCGAGAUUUGAUUGCCCAGAGCGCUGACCGUCGUCGCAGUGCGACGCCACAGAAACCUCAGCAUGCUCUGAGUGCUCCAGCAGAAAUCACAAAUGCCAGUUCACCAAGGAAACAAAUAGGCGGAUGUCUUCGAUCAAACAGGUCCAGGACCUCCAAAGCCAGAUUGCGGAGUUGACACAGAUGAAUUCACAGCUACGAACAAAAACGAUUACCAAAGAAGAGCCGACUGCAGAGCGCGCGGAUACGAAACGUCGUCUCUCCGAUCCACAUAACGGACAACAGACCGCACGAGUUAAGCUCACAGCUACAGCCAUGCGCGAUUUUGAUCACGUACGCAAAAAUAUUCAAACCCACUCACAGGGCAUCUUCGAAACGCCUCAUGUUCGAGCAAGUGCACCACUCGAAGAAGGAUUGGGCUUACCAGAGGUACCUCCUCGGGCGGAUUUCGCGCAUUUGUCGAGGUCAUACUUGAACCACGUGCACGCUUGGUAUCCGGCUCUUCACUGGCCGACGUUUUCGCACCAAGUCGAUGAAGUAUACACUGCGCGCAGUUUCCACGGGAUGCCUAGGGAAUGGAUCGGACUGUUCUUCGCAGUAUUGGCAUGCGGCAGCUUGGAAACCUCAGCGACACCUGGAAGUUCUCCGGCCACGUCUAGUAGAGCCUUGUCAUUUUUCAAUGUCGCAACCCAGGCGCUGACGCCAUGGCCGCAAGAUCUUACGAUUGUUCAUACGCAAGUAGCGUUGCUACUGAGUAUCUUUGCUGCAGAGUGCAGCAUGAAGGCGGUUGGACCCAUGUGGCUGUCUAACGCCGUCAGAGCUGCACAGGAGCUGUGCAUCAAUACUGAACUUGAGUCUUGGCCCAUGGUCGAAGGCGAGAUCCGACGGAGGCUUUGGUGGUCGAUCUACUCGCGAGACAGGAUCACAUCUUUUGAAGCCAACAAGCCAAUGCUUAUCAACGACAACGACUGCGACAUCUCCUUACCUUCCCCCGCCGAAGAUCGAUACAUUCAGCCCCAGGGCUUUUUCCGAACCCAUGCGAACAUAGCACCUUUCACCGGUUCACUGGCUAUCAUACAAGUUACCCGAAUGUAUGCCUCGUUGUACCAGGCCCUGAAGUCUAGCAUGAUUGCUCCUCAGACUCUGCAAAGCUUUGAUCUGCAGUUUCGGUCAAGUGUGCAGCAGUUGCCAGAAGCGUAUCAGACUAGCUCGACUGCUGCUCUAGAAACGGCUGCGCUACCACCACUUUUCGCCCUGCUUACCGCCCAGUACCACCUGUAUCGACGUAACCUGUCACCUGUCUGUCACCUCACCGAGCGCAGAGAAGCCCUCCGACGAUGUGCAAGCGUGGCCCAGGAGACCGCCAAAUACAUCUCGAGAUCACUUCAUAACCCACCAAAGGUAGAAGUGGAUAAGAGCUGGUCUACAAGAGUGGCGCCUAUUGCCAGUAACCAGACGUGCAUUCAUCUCUGGCGAUGCAUUCUGGUUCUGUGCCUUCACGGGGACUAUGAUGCGGCAAUGAUGUGUUCGCACAUGCUAAGCGUUAUUGGCAACCUGCGACAGAUUGGCGUCGGAUGCGGGAAAAAUCUUGUCUUCGUUCUAGACAAGUUAGUGGACCGUAUACGCAGCGGACGUGGCUCGCCUCAGCAGCUCGAACAUGACGAGGAAAUAUUGGCCUACAUCAGUGGAGAUGUGCAGGCUAGCGUUGUACAUGGCUGGGUAUGGGCAGGUGAGGACCUGUCAUCUACCAAAUCACCUCGUGCUGCGUACGGCGCUCCCAGACAUCCUGGCCAGGAUCAGCAUAUGCACGAAGCAGUACCUCAGAGUUCAUCCGCUGCUCUGCCUUCUGUCGAAUGGGAGGGUUGGGGUAAAGUGGACCAGUUGAUUCGACAAUUGAUGGACGAGGGCCGCCCGCGCACUGCACAGCCGCCGACGUACUACCCACCACCACAUAAUCCUGUCAAACGAGUUCAGCUCGGUCCUACCGACCAGUCACCGCCGAAGCCAGCGACCUUACCGAGCCCCGCACCGUCGAACGCAAGCCGAAUUAGCAUCGCGAACAUCAUAUAAGCAGUGGAUAUUGAAGAGGGGGAUAAAUGAAUGUGCUUCACGAAAGUGACAUGCACAAGCGACGGCUCUCUUACGUUGCGCAUUAUGAUUUGACCCUUAGCGUUUCCUUGGUCCAUGGUCAUAUCUUGCAGAUCUUCGCGUUGUUGCAUUUGCAUGCGUGUUGUGGAAGUAAUUGGGAAGGAGCAUACAGCAUUGUCAGUUUCGGCUUUGCACAAGGCCGAAGGACCGGAGCAUUUGCAUUUGGCAUCAGCACCCCUGCAUCUUUUUUACAAAAGUAAUACACCCACGGUCGGCGCCUAACACGACUCUAUUCGCCAAGUUGAUACACCAUGCCUAGUCUUUGGCCAGCUGAGGCUGCAUAUGCAUUUGAGGCUCUCUCCCCGCUGACCUAGGCCCGCGCCGCAGUCUCACCCGCAGAUGCACCUUUAGCUUUCAGAAGAUCGUCCAAUCGAAGCCAGAUCCUUCAACUCCGAUGGGGCUUGGCAGACGAUGG